UUAAAUGUAGCUGAAAUGUUUUGAUAUUUGACUUGUAAAAGCAACUGCUAAAAGUCCACAUGGAGGUAGAACAUUUUUUUAUUUAUUUGCCAGCCAUCAGAUCUUGGUUUCAUCCGAGUAAACAGCACGUCAGUAUACUUUGUUAAGAUGUGAUAGUACUUUAUAUUUCUAUCAGCGAUAGUGAAACGAAAGUAAAGCUGAACUAUAUAUCAUUAGGUUAUAUGCAUGUGGAGAAUUUAAUUUACUAAGUAUGACAGAUAGUCCAGAUAUAGAAUUUUUGUAUGAUGAUGCAGACACUUACCAGAGUGAAAUGUCAGAAUUAUACAGUUACACAGAAGAAUGUGAGUUUGCAUUAAAUAGAAAGUGCUUUGAAGAAGGAUUCAAGGCAAAAGGGUAUGACAAGUGGACAGAGACAUCAAGUGAAAUAAGAAAGAAACACAUAGUGUACCUACAAAACGAACUAGAAAUCGCCAGUGAAGAAAGGAGAACAAACGCUGUUCAUGCUGUUCUUUAUCUUGUUCAAGGUGUUUUUGGAGAAUGCAGUACACUAGAAGAACAGAUGGACUGGGAACACAGAAAUGUGCACAUGUUAUAUGAACAAGGAAUUUUUACUUCUUUUGUUGAACUAUUAUCCUUCGAAACUGAAAAUGGAAAAGCUGCAGCAAAUGCCUUGAUCAAACCAGCAGUAUCUUUAGCAGAUAGUCUAGAUCUUAGGAUGAUAUUAAAUGUAUUGUACACUAUGGUAGAAACCAUGAGAGUACCAUUACAAUCUGAAACAGAGGAACAUAAACGAAAUAGAGAACUUUUUACAGAGGAAUUGGUUCAGCCAUAUAUUGGAGAUUCUGUCUUACUUGUGAGUUUGUUUGUCAUGGUAACAAAGUUCUGCAGUGGAAAUGCUCCACAUUUUCCAAUGAAAAAAGUUUUAUUGUUACUUUGGAAAAUAACAUUGAUUUGCUUGGGAGGAUUAAAAGAUUUACAAGAUACAAAAAACAAAGUAAGAGAGUCUCAUGGAUUAUCUCCCCUACCAGAAGAUACAUAUGAAGUCUGUAAGAACAUGAGAGCCUCAUCCCCACCAGCUUCAGCUGUAGAUUUGAUAGAACAACAACUUCCACGCAGAGCUUUCAGGGGAGGAAAGCGGGAUGAUCUGUUUAUGAUGAAGAGUAGUUUGAAUGAUGACCCCUUUGAAAAUGGGAAUGAUGCGGAUGAUCUGAUGAAAGAUGUAGACGGAAUAAAACCAAAUGGUGAUGAUGAACAGCUACCACCAACACCACCUAGACCCUCAACACCAACAGUUCCACAAUAUAGAAUACUACCAUGGAAACCUAAAGUUAGACAAAAAGAUUUAGAGUUAUUUUUAGAGCACACAAGGAAGAAAUUUGUUGGUUUCCAUGUAAAGAAUGAUUUUACAUCUUUAGCUGGGUUACCAAGACCAAUACAUGAAGGUGUCAAGGUUCUGAAACAGCAUUUAUACAUAUCACUAACAGAAAUUCAGAUAAAAAAAGAGGAAGAAAUGGCAAAAAAUCCUUUGUCCAAGCCAGAAGGAGAGAUACAGAGUACUCCUGUAGAAAUAUUUUAUCAGGAAUUAUUACCAAACUUGCCACAGUACAUGAUUGCUUUGCUGAAGAUUUUAUUGGCAGCAGCACCCACAUCUAAAACAAAGACUGAUUCUAUAAAUAUCCUGUCUGAUGUUUUACCUGAAGAAAUGCCAACUACAGUGUUACAAUCAAUGAAACUUGGUAUAGAUGUCAACAGACACAAAGAAAUUAUUGUCAAGGCCAUAUCAGGGUUGACAUUGUUACUGUUGAAGCAUUUUAAACUGAACCAUGUGUAUCAGUUUGAAUUUAUGAGUCAACAUCUUGUAUUUGCCAACUGUAUACCAUUAGUGCUCAAGUUUUUCAACCAGAAUAUCAUGUCCUAUAUUGGUGCAAAAAAUAGUAUACCAGUGUUGGAUUUCCCAUCUUGUGUAAUUGGAGAUCAAGUUGAACUUACAGCAGAGGCUUUGGAGAAUGGUGAUAGUCAGCAAUAUUGUUGGAGGAAUCUCUUUUCUUGUAUAAAUCUACUGAGAAUUCUGAAUAAACUGACAAAGUGGAAGCACUCAAGAACAAUGAUGCUAGUAGUAUUUAAAUCUGCACCAAUCUUAAAAAGAGGAUUGAAAGUAAAACAGGCCAUGAUGCAGCUUUAUAUUCUAAAACUACUGAAGAUGCAAACAAAGUACCUAGGUAGACAAUGGAGGAAGAGUAACAUGAAAACAAUGUCGGCUAUUUAUCAGAAGGUCCGACACAGACUAAAUGAUGACUGGGCUUUUGGUAAUGACAUGGAUGCAAGACCAUGGGAUUUCCAAGCAGAAGAAUGUGCCUUACGAGCAUGUGUGGACAGAUUUAACAACAGGCGUUAUGGAAACAAUGGCACUGAUCCUGAUUUUAAACCAGUUGAUAAUUGUACACAAAGUGUGUUGGGAGAAGAUCUAGAACUUUGUGAAGAUUUUAAACAAAAUUAUGAACGAUGGUUAGACAUAGAAGUCUUUUCAAAUCAAAUUGAUUGGGAUCAAGUUAUAGCUCAUUAAUAUGCAUACCUAAACUUAGGGCAUGCAUUUAUAUGUUGUCACCAAAGAUAAGAUGUAGGACAGGAGCUUAUCUUCUGUCACUUCAACUUAAAGUUUGCUUAUCAAGACCACAGCCUCCACUAAUACUGUGGAUUCAGUAUUAUUCAUUGGUAUACAAAAACCACAAAAUUUAUAGUUCAAUGAAGUACAAAUUUUCUAUUGGCAUAUACAUAUAUAUAUAUUCAGACUUUGGUUAAAACCAUGCAAUCAAAUAUAAAAAAAAAUAUAAUUUCCCUCAAUUCAUGAACAUUGGUAUCCACGAAAACAAAUGAAACCACAAUAGAUUUUCCAUUAUAAGAUCUUUUAAAUUAUAAAAUCAUGUAGAUUUAUCCAAUUUUAGAAUUUUUAAGUGAAUAAGAAAUAGAGAUUUUGGUAGAUAUAAAAGAAUAAAUUACAGUAUAUGCUUUCUUUCAUCUAUACAUAUAAAAACAUUGCGUGCAUCAUUUGCAUUGGGGUUUUCUGGUAAGAGAUAAAGUAUACCUCAACUUUGAAAAUCUAAAAUAAGUAUAUGUUUUUCACCUGUUAAAUGUCAAUAAUCUCCUUCCCUAAACAUGUAUACCUAUUUUAGGAUUUAUUGUCUUAUAAUUGUCUCAUAUUUGAACUAAUCAAAGAGUUUUUAUCAAUCAUUUACAUUACAAAGGAGAUGUAAUCAUGUAUUUUGUAUAGAGCAUAAGUGAAAGGUAAAAAGGUAAACUAUAUGGAGAAAAAAACAAAGGUAAAAUUCUCUCCACUAAAAAAAAAAAGAUGUAUAUUGUGAAAAGUAAAGUGAGUUCAAUAUUUAUUAAACAUUUGUAAGGAGUGAAGUCAUGUUGUAUAUGAGAUCUUAUAAACUCUCUACUGGUAUUUCAGUUGGAGAAAAAUAUAAAUGAAUUUGAUAUUAUAUGUAAAUUGUUAUUUAUUAUUUAUAAGCUUUAUAAUAUCAAUAAAUAUGUCAAGAAUA